AUGGCAUAUAUAUUGCGAUUCAUUCAUAAUCUACAAGCCAAUGAUUCCCGCAUCGGACGACUUACUUGCCAAGAAACUUCGUCUGCGAAAUUAAGAAUUUUCAAACUCAUACAAAAUACAUCAUUUAAGGAUGACAUCUCUGCUCUCAAAAAGGGAUCUCAAUGCAGCUUAAAACUUGCUCGUUUAUCCCCAUAUAUUGAUGACAGUGGAAUAGUGCGAGUAGGCGGCAGGUUGAAACAUUCCAACCUUACACAAGAUGCGAAACAUCCAGUUUUGUUACCUAAAUCUCACUGUGCUGUCAAACUGUUGAUUAUGCAUUAUCACCUAAAGCAUCUACACGCAGGCCCUCAAUUGCUGCAGUCUAUUCUGUCUCAAGAGGUUUGGAUAUUAUCAGCCCGCAGCGUGAUAAGAUCUGUGAUUUUCAAGUGUCAAAGAUGUUUCAGACUUAAGCCUGUAAACAAACCUCCACUGAUGGGAGAUCUUCCUGAAACUCUAUUAAAACCUGUAAGGCCAUUCUAUCACACUGGCAUGGACUAUAGUGGACAUUUUGACAUUAAAGUUCAUUCAACUAGGAACGCUCAACGGUUAAAAUCAUACCUCUGCCUCUUUGUAUGUUUUGCUACGAAAGCUGUGCACCUAGAAAUUGUAACAGACCUAUCUGUAGACUCCUUCAUAGCUGCACUAAAACGUUUUGUUUCUCGUCGUGGAUUGUGUGCCCACUUAUACUCAGAUUGCGGAACUAACUAUGUUGGAGCCUCAAAGCAACUCAUGAAAACUUUUCAGAAUUUCAUCAAGGAAUCAAACACUAAAGAUGCUCUUAACAACUUUGCGUUAGAUCACUCAAUAAAUUUUCACUUUCAACCACCAUCCGCUCCCCACCAAGGAGGCCUAUGGGAGAGUGCUAUGAAAAGUUCUAAAUAUCAUCUGAAAAGAGUCAUAGGCGAUAGAGUUCUAACACUAAUGGAAAUAAUAACACUCGCCACACAGGUGGAGGCUGUACUCAACUCGAGACCUUUGACAGCAUUAUCCGCAGAUCCAUCCGACAUCUCAGCCCUUACUCCGGGUCAUUUUCUUAUCGGCACUUCGCUUGUGGCAGUACCGGAACCAAAUCUUGAAGAGGUUCCCGAAAAUCGUCUCAACCAUUGGCAAACUGUACAAGCCCUACAUCAACGCUUCUGGCGACGUUGGCAUCAAGAAUAUUUACAUCAGCUACAACAAAGAAAGAAAUGGGAAAAGCCCAACAAGAAUCUAGAAGUGGGUGAUCUCGUUAUAAUUCAAGACCCUAGAACACCACCACUACUUUGGCCUCUUGGACGCAUAGUGAAGACUUCGCCUGGAUCGGACGGCAUCGUCCGAGUUGUCACCAUCAAGACUCAGCGGGGAACCUUCUGUCGUCCUGCUACCAAGGUGUACCCGCUCCCCUGA